AUGACAACUCUUACAUCUUUAAGCUAUAUGAAUCUGUCAUACAACACUCUGUCUGGAAGGAUACCAACUGGAAAUCAAUUCCAGACUUUUGACGCAUCUAACUACAUUGGGAACAUUGCUUUAUGUGGUUACCCCUUGACGAACAAUUGUACAGGAAAUAGUUCAAGUGGCCCUACACAUGUAGAUCACAGAGAUGGAUCCGAUGAUAUAUCCAUUUACCUUGGUUUGGCUGUUGGGUAUAUCCUUGGCCUUUGGGUGGUCUUCUGUGUGCUGUUGUUUAAACAAAAAUGGAGAAUUGCUUAUUUCAUAUUUGUGAAAGGGCUGCAGGACAAGAUUUAUGUGGCAAUGGUACUGAGAUGGGCCAAUUUGAAGAGGAAAGUAGGUGAAACUUAA